GCUGCUGCUGCUGCUGCCGGCGCGCGCCGACCGCUACCACCCGGAGCGCGCCGCGCGCCCCGCCGCCGCCGGGAGCUCGCGCGCCGCCACGCCGGACGCGGCCGAACGUGGCGCGGACUACUGGUACUCGGAGGCGUUCGCCGCCAUCGACGAGCGACUGACGGAACCCACUUAUGACGACGUGGCGAAAAAUGUGAUCAUGUUCCUGGGCGACGGGCUGUCGGUGCCGACGCUGGCGCCGGCGCGCACGCUGCGCGGUCAGCGCGCCGGCCGCACUGGAGAGGAGGAGCGACUUUCCUACGAGCACUUUCCUGUCACUGGACUUGCUAAGACGUACUGCGUGGACAAGCAGAUCCCGGACUCGGCGUGCACGGCCACGGCAUACCUGUGCGGCGUGAAGAACAACUACGGCACGCUGGGCGUGACGGCGGCCGUGCCGCGCUACGACUGCGCCGCCUCCACCGACGCCGCCACGCACCUCGACUCCAUCGCCGCGUGGGCGCUCGCCGACGGACGCAGCGCCGGCAUCGUGACAACAACGCGCAUCACGCACGCAUCUCCGGCCGGCGCGUACGCCAACAUCGCCGAACGCGGCUGGGAGAACGACGGCGAGGUCCGCGCCGCCGGCCACGACCCCGCACAGUGCCCCGACAUCGCCGACCAGCUCGUCAACUCUCAUCCCGGCAACAAGUUCCAGGUGAUUUUGGGCGGAGGUCGACGCGAAUUCCGACCGAACACUACUAACGAUGAGGAGGACCAACCGGGCCUGCGCUGGGAUGGACGCGAUUUGGUCACGGAAUGGCGCGCGCAGCGUGAAGAGGCCGGACAAUCGCACGCUUAUGUCUGGAACCGCACCAAGCUGCUCGACGCCAUAAGCAACCCUCCAGACUACCUGCUGGGAUUGUUUGAGAGCGGCCACAUGCAGUACGCGGCGGAGGCGCGCCAGGCGGGACACGACGAGCCCACGCUGGCCGAAAUGACGGAGGCGGCCAUCCGCGUGCUGUCCAAGAACCCGCGCGGCUUCUUCUUGUUCGUCGAGAGCGGCCGCAUAGACCACGCCCACCACGACAACAUGCCGCACCUCGCACUGGACGAGACGCUGGCGCUGGCCGACGCGGUGCAGCGCGCCGAUGAGCUGUUGCCGGCCGCGAACACACUGCUCGUGCUCACGGCGGAUCACUCGCACGUCAUGGCGUACAACGGCUACUCGCGCCGCGGCAACGACAUCCUCGGCGCGUCUGACGAUAUAGGCGACGACGACGUGCCCUACAUGACGCUCUCCUACACCAACGGGCCCGGUUACCGUGACCACGUCGAUGGAAGACGUGCUGAUGUCACUAGUGACAAUACUUUCCAGGCGGUCGCUUGGCAAACACAUGCAGAGGUACCGCUCGAGUCGGAGACGCACGGCGGUGACGACGUGGCGGUGUUCGCACGCGGGCCGGCGCAGGCGCUGUUCACGGGGCUGUACGAGCAGAGCCAGCUGCCACACCUCAUGGCGCACGCGGCGUGCCUGGGCCCGGCCGCCGAGCGCCGCGACGCCUGCAACGGCUCCGUCACGCUCUCUGCGCCCAUAGUCGCGUUACUACUCUCCGUAGUCGCCACGCUCUAUCAUCAGCUUUAA